AUGGAAGGCGAGUGCGAACAACCCAAUAGGACACCCAACAAUAUGAUAGUGCAGAUCGUCAAUGAGUACCGAACAAUGUUACAGCAACAGAUAGCUCUGCAUCUAAAGCGCCAGCGGGAUCAUUUAGUGCGGAUGAGACGCCGGUUCCUCUCGAAACUGGCGCACCGUUUGUACCGGAACUACGCACUAUACGAUCGUACUAGACGUCAUCUGUUGAUGGACGUUACACUGAUUAAUACAAGAAGGGAUAGUGCUCGGAGGAAACACUAUCGCGUACUUUGGGACUCAAUGCCCACCAAAUCCGGGCAAGAGUUUAGCGAUGAGCAGUUUGAACAGUGUCGCAUGAAUCAGGCCACAUUUCAGUUCUUGUUUGAAAAGCUAGAGCCUGAGCUUACGCGAAUACCACUGCUGUUGUCGACCAGAAUGAAAAUAGCGAUCGCAAUCUACGUUCUUGGUUCCGGAAAGGACUACGCAUCGGUGGGCACAACGUUCGGUGUUAAUUCGAACACCGUGCAGGAUUGUGUGCAAAUGUUUUGUCGCUCUGUGAUUAAAAUUUUUCGAGAGGACGUAAUAAAAAUGCCGCUAGACAACGAUAGCAUUAAGGAUGCCGCGAAUGAAUUUGUAGAGUUUGCUGGGAUUCCACAGGUAUUUGGAAUCGUGGGAUGCCUCCAUAUUCCCAUUAAUCAUACGGGAAAGGAACCGGAAAAGUACAUCAACAGUAAAGGCUGGAGCUCCAUCAUACUACAAGCGGUAGUAGAUAGAAAGGGAAGCUUUGUGGAUAUAUCCUGCGAACAUCCAGGACGCACGAUUGUUGCCGAUAUGCUUGUAAAUUCUCCGUUAUACCAACGGAUGGAACAGUUGGAUGCACCUUAUGAAACCAUUGACAACUUCAAUGUAGCACCUUUGCUGUUGGGUGAUAGUAAAUAUCCCCUGCUUCCGUGGCUACUAACGCCUUAUCCAUUGGGCGAAAAUAUGCCCCAUGCCGAACGCUCCUUUAAUGUGUAUGUUGCAAAAGGAAGAAGCUGUAUCAGUAAGGCAUUUGAUCGGUUGGUCGGACGUUGGAAGGUGUUGAAUCGUUGCAUAGACCUCAGUACGGUUUCCGAGGUGAUCAUUACCUGUUGUAUACUGCACAAUGUCGUCGAACAGCUCGAUUCCCCGUACCUAGAUGCGUGGAACGAGUGUCAUAAUGAAGAGGACGUUGCACCGGAACAGCCACAUUGGGAGUGCCAGAUUGUGUCUAUUUACGGUGAAGAGGUGAGAAACCAUCUGAGUAAAUAUAUGCACGAUCAUUUCCCUCUUAUCGUGGACGACGAGGACUGA